AUGGCAAAUAACCCUGCUGCGGGAAUAGACGCCAGCCUGCUGCAGGGCCAAUUCGAUGAGUUGAGAGAAGAAGUCGAGCUUCUGAGAUCACAGCUCGACGAAGAAACUGCUCAUGAAUAUGAUCUUACACUGGUGAUGAAUGCCUGUAUGGUCCUGUUCAUGCAGUCCGGAUUCGCGCUGUUGGAAGCGGGCGCAGUCCGAGCCAAGAAUGUGACAAACAUUCUCAUCAAAAAUUUACUCGAUGCAUGUGUCGGCGCUCUGGUUUAUUGGGCGUGUGGAUUUGCUUUCGCCUUUGGAAAGGUGGCGGUAAAAGACUACAAAACUGGAGAAUACAGCGGGUACUCCUCGGCGAAUCAAUUCAUCGGGCACAAGCAUUUUUUCCUGAGCUAUCCGGACUACAAAUCGCCCUCGAUUGAAAACUACCCCGUUCGAGUAUUCCACGGGGGGUCGUUUUAUGGAGAGUUUUUCUUCAAUUUCGUCUUUGCGGCGACAGCAACGACGAUCAUUUCUGGAGCUCUGGCUGAGCGAGUCGAAUUCGGAGCAUAUUUGGUCUACGGAGUCAUCGCUUCCGGUUUCAUACAGCCAGUGACUGUGCAUUGGGCUUGGUCGAACGGAUGGCUUGUUUACCCGCCGGAAAGUUUGAAGCUUCCUCCGGCAGUUUGGUACAGAGACUAUGCUGGUGGAGGAAAUGUCCAUGCGGUUGGUGGUAUUGCCGCUCUGGUCAGUUGUAUCUUUAUUGGACCGAGAUUGGGAAGGUUCUCGCCGAAAACGGGAAGGAAAUUCCAUAUUCCAGGUCACUCAACUCCUUUGACAUGUCUUGGCGCCUUCAUCCUUUUCAUCGGUUUCCUCUCGAUGGUUCUCGGUCACGGCCAAUCAGUCGCCCAAGGAGUAACGAAUUUAACCCUUGGCGGAUCUGCUUCUGGGUUGACUUCCAUGAUGAUCGUCAAUUUAGAGCCAAAAGUCAAGGAUUGGUGGAAAUAUACAGUAAAGAAGGCGAACAGAUCGAGAGUUAUUAAACCGAGAACAUAUUGGAGCUUCUUGGUCCUUGUUGAUGCUACUUUAGCUGGGAUGGUGUCAAUGUGCGCCGGCUGCGACGUUCUAGAGCCAUGGGGUGCAGUCAUAAUCGGUGUCAUCGUCGGUUUUGCCUUUCAUUACGUUGAACAUACGUUGGUUCAUCAUAAAGUUGAUGAUCCCGUCGGAUCAGUCGCCGUUCAUUUGGUUGGCGGAGUAAUUGGCGUGCUUCUUGCGCCGGUUUUUGCGAAGAAGGAGCACGAGUAUUCUUGGAUUCAUUGGAAGGGCUGCGACUACGACUGUGUCUCCGACAACGCCAACUCCACUUGUCUUUACACAACAUCAUUCGCUGGCGAUGCAAGCGAAGGAAAGCGCGCUCUUCAUCCAUCUUGGUCAGACGGCGACUGCCUACACACGCCAUUUUACCAAUUUGCCUGGCAGCUACUUGGAAUCAUUUCGAUUCUGGCUUGGACGAUUGUCUGUUCCAUUCCCCUCUUUUUCGUUCUUUGGAAGUUGAGAGUGUUGAGAGUCGAUGCAGACACGGAAGUGAGAGGCAUCGACAUUGCGUAUCAUGGAGAACCGGCUUAUCCUCUUGCUGCGCAGGGGCAUGGAUGGGACAAUGAAGGAGAAUUUGCGGUCAACAACGUAGUGGACGGAAACGCCGGAGGCCGUCGAGACGUAAAAGCGCUCCUGAAUCCACACGAAGCGGAGAGCUGGGUCGGAAUGAACCCCGAUGCUGGCCUCGUUGCUCUUGCCAUUGCCUAUCGAGAAAAAUACUACAAGAACCCAGAUACAAAUGUUAGAAACGCUGUGGAAUCGACGGUUGUUCCUUCACUUGUUCUUUCAACUGAGUUUUAA